UAUGUGACAAGAAAAAAAGAGAGAGAGAGUGACAAAAAAAGUGGAGACUUUUCAUCAUCAAAGGAGAGAGAGUGAGAGACCCACUUCAAAUGUCAUUGCAGAAUCACUGGUGUUAGUGGUGGUGGGUUACAGAGUUAGAGCUCUCUACUACUACUAGUAGAAGAAGAAGAUAAUUAUAAAGACUUAAGAUGGGUGCUGCAGCGCAUUUUAGCAAGGAGAGGGUUUUCGGAGGGUUUCUGUUUUGGUUCUGCUUUUGGGGACUGCUCUCUCUAACAUGCGCAGGGAGACUCAGUGUUUCAAAGCAGAAUCUUGAAGUGCAUAAACACUUGAAUCGAUUGAAUAAACCAGCCGUUAAGAGCAUUCAGAGUCCAGAUGGUGACAUAAUAGACUGUGUUCAUAUAUCUAAGCAACCAGCUUUUGAUCAUCCUUUCCUCAAAGAUCACAAGAUUCAGAUGAAACCUAGUUACUCUCCAGAAUCGUUGUUUGAUGAGAGCAAAGUGUCUGAGAAACCAAAAGAGAGAGUCAAUCCAGUAACUCAGUUAUGGCACCAGAAUGGAGUGUGUUCUGAAGGGACAAUACCAGUGAGGAGAACAAAGAAAGAGGAUGUCUUGAGGGCGAGUUCUGUUAAACGUUAUGGGAGGAAGAAGCACCGGUCUGUUCCUCUGCCCCGAUCUGCUGAUCCUGAUCUUAUCAACCAAAGUGGUCAUCAGCACGCCAUAGCAUAUGUGGAAGGAGGCAAGUUUUACGGGGCCAAGGCGACAAUAAAUGUAUGGGAACCCAAAGUGCAAAACUCUAAUGAGUUCAGCUUAUCUCAGUUAUGGAUUCUUGGAGGUUCUUUUGGUCAAGAUCUCAACAGCAUUGAAGCUGGUUGGCAGGUUAGUCCAGAUUUAUAUGGCGAUAACAACACAAGGCUUUUCACAUACUGGACGAGCGAUGCUUAUCAAGCUACUGGCUGCUACAAUCUCCUUUGUUCGGGUUUUAUACAAAUCAACAGUCAAAUAGCAAUGGGAGCCAGUAUUUCUCCUGUAUCUGGCUUCCAUAACCCACAAUAUGAUAUUAGUAUCACCAUUUGGAAGGAUCCGAAAGAAGGUCACUGGUGGAUGCAGUUUGGGGACGGGUAUGUGUUGGGAUACUGGCCAAGCUUUCUAUUCUCAUACUUAGCUGAUAGUGCAUCAAUAGUAGAAUGGGGUGGAGAAGUAGUGAACAUGGAAGAAGAUGGUCACCACACAACCACACAAAUGGGAAGCGGUCAAUUUCCUGAUGAAGGGUUCACGAAAGCGAGUUACUUCAGAAAUAUUCAAGUCGUUGAUAGCUCAAAUAAUCUGAAAGAACCAAAAGGGCUCAACACUUUCACUGAGAAAUCAAAUUGCUAUGAUGUUGAGGUUGGUAAAAACGAUGAUUGGGGACAUUAUUUUUACUAUGGAGGUCCUGGAAGAAACCCUAAUUGUCAGUAGAAGAUGAACAAAAGAAAGAAGAUGAUUGAAGAUGUAGAGGAACACUUGUGCUGGAUUUUUCCUUAUUAUGUGAAGUGUGAAAAUAUCGUUUUUGUUGAUUUUUCCUUACACUUUACUGUGUGUGUGUGUUUUUACCUGGAGACUAUUUUGAUUUUUUUUGGGUUUUGAUUAGGUUUUUAGUUUUGGUUUUGGGGUUUAAGGUUUUUAUUUGUUACUUGAGUUGGAAGUGAACAAGUUUGUCUUUAGGAAAAAAAAAAACUUUAGUUUGUAAGUGUGAAAGAGAGAAUUAGAAUUCAAGUAGGAGUGACCUUUAAGAAUUUAAGAUACGAAGGUUAAGGACCUUUGGGUUGAGUUAGAGUAUUUCCUUUGUGGCCUUUUGCUUAUGAUGGAGGUUUGAUUCAUUGUACCACCUAAUUAUCCUGUUAAUCAGUGAAAUGUCAUUUCAAC